AUGGACCAUUUUGGUACUAAUCUACAAGUAUUCUCUACUGGAGUAAGUAAGGAAAAUGAAAUUGAGGACAAUUGUUCUAUUAUGUCAAACAUGUCAAUGGAAAUGGAAGAUGGUGUUGACUUAACUGAGUUCAUGAGUCCACGGAAGAGCAACAUGGAAGGAGUACCCUAUGAUGGAGUAAGUCAGGGAGAUGGAAAUGGGGAUGCCAUAGAAGCUGAAAUCCCAGAAGAUGAUAAUGUCCCAAAUGUGAAGGGUAAAUCAAGGUUUAAUGAAGAGAUACCUUGGAAGAAGUUGUUGCCAAUUCUAGUUUUGAUGUUUACCAAUCCUAAACAAUUGAAAUUCUUGCUUUGUAAUUAUGUUGUAGCCAAUGGGUACCAACUGUACUAUGAAAAAAUUAACAGUAAAAGAUUAUUGGUUAAGUGUUGUGAUGGUAAAUGCAAAUUUAGUCUCUAG